GACGGACACUCCUCGGCAAUUUAGGGAGACGUUUGUGCGUCUGACCUUUCCUUAUUUGCCGCCGUUUAUCAGACGCGUUUUGAACUUUCCGUCGGCGGUUUUCGCACCCAAUAUCGGCUCCCGGUACGCGGUUUUUGUGUACGUCGUUAUUGGCACCAUCGCGUGUAUUUACGGCUCGAAACUUGCACGGAUUUCGGAUUCUCGCGAGGUGACAGCGGCGCAGUUGGCCAAACCGAAUCACUCGUGCGCUGGUACAGUCGGUGGGAAAAGUUUCCGAUAAUUUCCAAGUGUCAAUAGUACACUCAACCCUGAAAACGUUGAAGCAGAGAUGCGGACUGCGUGAAGUCGGCCGGACAAUUGGAGACCGCGAUAUUCGAGACACCGUUCGAGAGGAAGAGGCUGAAACACAAUGGGAAACUCAGGGCUGAAGCAGCAAUACGACACUGCGAGUAAAACCGGUGUGUUGAACUUGUCUAACAAAAAACUUGACGAGUUUCCACAGGGAUUGAAGGCGUUGGAAUCCGUUCUUAGGAUACUCGACCUUUCGGGAAAUAAAUUCGCCAAGCUGCCGAACGAUAUUGGCGACUUUAAUUCGCUGAAGAAUUUAAACGUCAGCCACAACAAACUUGGCACUUUGCCCGAUGUGCUCGGGAGGCUUGGAAAGUUGGAAAACUUGAACGCUAGUUUCAAUCAGAUAAGAGUGCUGCCGACGUCGAUGUCGAGGCUAACGAUGCUGAAGCAGGUCAACCUCUCCGACAAUCAAAUAAACGAAUUUCCGGGGGUCUUCAGCGGCCUGAAACACCUCGACGUCCUUGACCUUUCGAAAAACAAACUGACCGUCGUGCCGGACGAGGCUUCGGGGCUUCACGUAAUCGAGCUGAACCUCAACCAGAACCAGAUAUCAUCGAUUUCCGAAAACCUCGCCGAAUGUCCACGUCUCAAGACUCUUCGACUCGAGGAAAACUGCCUUCAACUCGCCUCGAUUCCCGCUCGCAUUCUUAGGGACUCCAAGGUCUCGACACUCGCGCUUGAGGGAAAUUUAUUCGCUAUGAAAGACUUUGCUUCCUUGGAAUUUUACGAGCAGUAUAUGGAAAGGUACACCGCUGUCAAGAAGAAAAUGUUUUAAUUCAACCAAGAUGAAGUUAGCAACGUUACUGUAACGAUGCAUGUUUAGGAGAAGUCAUCGUUAUUUCACGUUUUUAGGAUCGUCUGAAAUUAUCAGGCUGAAGUUUGUAACGUUAAUGUAAUGAUGCAUCUUUGGAAAAAGUCGUUAAUUCGCAACUCUAGGAUUAUUCAGAAUUUCGUAAACUGUUAAUACAGCAUCGAUAAACUCAGAUUUUGUAAAUUCAACUUCUUCGGAUAGUCCAAAGGUGCAAAAUAGUAAAUUCUGUUUCAACGUUUCGAUACAUUAACGUUACUAACUUCAGCCUCGUCUGAAAUUUGGUUUUUCUGAUGUUUCGUUACGCCAACCUUGCUAACUUCAGCCUCGUUUCCUUCAAGGAAUUGAGUCAGUUCAAUGCUGCAACGAGGAAUUGUCCAAACUUUCUGCAUGAGAAAUUGGGUAAGAAGAAAAAAAAAACACUGCUUAACAAUUUUCUGGCGGUAACAUUAACGCCAAUGAUGGUUAAUAUGAAAGGAACAAGAUUCUCAAUAUGUGAAAGAAAUGAAUCUUAGCAACUUCAAAUAGCAAAAGCUAAGUUAUAACAGCAAUCCGAGAAAAUGCUUCAUUUCAAAUUUUCGAAGUUAUUAAACUCUAGUGUUUCUUAAGUGAUUCGAAUGUUUUCGGGAUUCAUUUGUUUACCACAGAGGUCUCCAGAAAUCGCUGAAAAAAAUUAAUAAACAGUCAAAUCCAACGCAGAUGAAGAUAGAUUUUUGAAAGUACGUUACAACAGAUGCUCGUCAACAAUUAAUAUUCUCGCGGUCUAACUAUGCUGAAAUGUAAAAUUUCUUGAACGUUUCUUGGGACAAUUUGUAGGGAUCCGGUCAGCGAUCAAAAUGAGCCCGAAAACGUAAAAAAUCGGGCGAAAAAUACUGGGGCCUAAUCAUUGAUAUCUUGUUGAUAUUUCAGCUAGUGUUAUUCAAAUUUGCUCAGAAUCCUUUUUAUUACAUGAUAAGGAAGUUGUAUCCUUCGUGUUCGCUACUAUUGGUGCAAUUAACAUCGCUGGAGAUUAAUUGUUUUUUUCUCUUUUCCUAACUUUGGACUCAAAUUGUUCGGCUGAUUUGUCGUCAAAGUUGUGAUGAUCUCAUCAUAGUAAUUGAUUUACCAAUUCGCGCUUGAAUAUUAAUAACGUUUCUGUAAGGGGUAUAAAACGAAAUAUAGAAUACGAUAAAAACCAAAAAAAAUGAGAUUUCACGACGAAAAAUACGUCAAGGAAUCGGAACACUUAUUAGGAUUACUCCCACGAGUUUAUUUACCUUGUAUAUAAUGUGUAUAUUUUUACUUAAUAUUUUCUACAUGUCGAUUUUAUUAAUAUAUUAUUACUGCAUUGUCAAUCCCAAAUCCGAUGCAGUUUCCUGUAAUUGUUUUUUUCUGAUUGCGUUUCUUCUUUGGGAAAAAUUAAUACCGGAAUAUUAUUGAUCACAACAUGGUUGUUGCACGCUGCACAGGCGAUAUUUCGUACAGUUCGAUAAAUUUCGAACACUCCUUGAUCAAUGAAUCGCGUGUCAAGCACCUGUCGAUUGUAUUCUGCACGAAAUAUUCGAUAGAAUUUAUAUCUUGAAUGUUGUCCAUAAUAUUAUCGUACAACUCAAAUGCACAAUAUUCAACUUAGCUUACAGUAUUAAUAAACGAUGCGCACUUUAUUUUCCUAAUGCAACGUAUGUGUUUAAUUUUUAUUGAUAGGCCGAAACUAACUACGAAGAAGAAAAUCCCUUCUGAAAAACGAAAACGUUAAUUGGAAAUUACAAAUGAGGUUGAAAGACGUCACGUCAUUGUAACGAUGCAUUUUCAGAAAAUCUCGAAUUGUCUGAAAUUCAGUAAAUCAUAAUACACCGUUAACAAUAUUGCCAUAUACCCAUAUAUCGCGAACUUAAUUCCUUGAAAGUUACUCUGAAGUUGCAAAAUAAUAAUCUUUCUUUCAACUUUUCAUUGCUUUAACGUUACCUAUACCUUCGACCUCGUUAUUAUAUACGCUGCAAAAUCCUUCAUGUAGAAAUGUGUAUAUGUAUAAAUAAUGUAUAUAUUUUAUAAAUAGCAGUGAACUUGGCGGAUGCUCGUCACUGAUUCAUCGGCCGAUACCUGAUAGACAUAUUACGAUUGUCACUAAUAACGUUUUGAGACCAUCGGUGUUGAGAGUCAUUUCCUACGAAUGCUUUUUAUAUCGUGUAUAUUAUGAGAUCAAAGCUUUGAAAUAUUUCCUCACGUAUAAUUUGUGUGUAUGUUUGUCUACACGAAAGGUAAGAAAUAUGAGACACCAUUGAUAUGCUUAGUUUAUUGUAUAAAAUAAAAUUGUACAACACGUAUCUAUAGCCGUAACAGUGAAUUCACCAAUAAAAUGUAAUAUUUAUUUUCUA